GCACUAAACACAGCUAACAAUCAUGCAAAUGCAAUCCAAUGCAACUUAGUCUUACCUCAGACUACCCCAGAAUCUCACCACGCCACCACUACUUUCGACCUUUUAACUUCUUCUAUUUACAUUACCCCAUUCCCUUCCAGACACUCUGCACCUUCUUGUUUCUUUCUUUUCUUCUCUCUCCUUCUCUUCUUCCAAUUUCUAAAUCCAUCUUCCACAGACGCGUUCCACACCUUCUUUCUUCUUAUUCAAACAGCGCCUACCACUUCAAUCAUCCACUUCUUAUACUUCUUUCACCCACCCAUUCAAGCCAAAAAACGGAGAUAGAAAAAAGAUGGAGUCAGAACAAAGGCGGAAGAGGAAGCGCGCGGUGGGAAGACACACUCACAUCUCAUCAAGAUCACUUUUUCUAUGCUUCUGCUUCUUAAUCUUCCUCCUCUUCUUCUCUUCUCACCAUCAUUUCUUCAUUUUCACUCCCUCCACCUUCAGACCCUCUCUCACAGCCUCCACCUUAUCUCUCCUAUACUCUUCCGCAAGCAACUCUAUUCUCGAUCCCCUUCAUCCCACCGCACCCUCCUACACCCUCCAACACCGUAUCAUCUUCCCCGACCACCAUCUCCUCAUCCUCACCACCCCUCAACAACACCAACUCCACCAACUAGAGUGCGUCUACUAUACGCUCCACCCCAACGCCUCCUCUCCCGCUCCACCCCUUCAACUUCAGGUUCAACCGCUCCUCUCCACGGACCGCUAUGAUGAAUCUCGAUCCAUUGUUAGAUGCCCAUUUCCCCAGACGAACUACACCGCUGCCGGCUCCCAAAUCGUCGAACUGCGGCGGCGCGGCGAGGUCGGUCGCCGGAAUUUGGGUUUUUUGAUGAACCAAACGGCUCAAUCUUGGGACAGGGUGGCGUACGAGGCGAUCCUUGACGGUGACACCGUUGUGGUGUUCGUGAAAGGGCUGAAUCUCCGACCCCACAAGAUAUCGGAUCCGACCCGGAUCCGGUGCCAUUUCGGACUUAAGAGUUUUCACCAGAACAAUGCAUUUUUGUUUAACACCAGGGCGGUUUCUGUGGCUCAAGAAGUUGUGAGAUGUAUGUUACCACAGAGCAUAAGGAACAAUCCGGAUAAGGUUCGAGGGAUUCGGGUCACAGUGAGUUAUUUGGGAGGCAAUGUGAGGCACCCGGUUCGUGUCCUUGUGCCUUCUGUAGCUACAGUUAGUGCACCUGGUAGUGGUAGGGUUCAGAAAAGGAAAAGCAGGAAGUAUGAGUUGUGUGCAUGUACUAUGGUGUGGAACCAAGCUUCUGCGCUCAGAGAGUGGGUUAUGUACCAUGCCUGGCUUGGAGUGGAGCGUUGGUUUAUCUAUGAUAACAACAGUGACGAUGAUAUUGAAAAGGUUGUUCAGGAUCUUGAUCUUCAAGGAUUUAAUGUUAGUAGAAAGUCCUGGCCUUGGAUUAAGACUCAGGAGGCAGGGUUUUCCCACUGCGCCUUGAGAGCUAGAGAGGAAUGCAAGUGGGUAGGGUUCUUUGAUGUUGAUGAGUUCUUCUACUUUCCUAGCGAAUUUCAUCAAAACUUGAGGGAAGGUGUUCCUGGUGAGAAUUAUCUGAAAUCGGUGGUUGCCAAUUUCUCAUCUUCGAAAUCCAUUGCGGAGAUAAGAACAGCUUGUCAUAGCUUCGGGCCUUCUGGGUUACACUCGCCCCCAAAACAAGGGGUUACACUAGGGUACACUUGCAGGCUUCAGAGCCCUGAGCGGCACAAAUCCAUUGUGCGGCCGGAUUUGCUUGACAUCAGUCUUCUGAAUGUGGUGCACCAUUUUCAGCUGAGGGAGGGGUUUAGGUACCACAACAUGCCUGAAGGUACUGCUAUUGUGAACCACUACAAGUACCAGGUAUGGGAGACAUUCAAAGCCAAGUUUUUCAGAAGGGUUGCUACCUAUGUGGUGGACUGGCAGGAGGACCAGAAUAAAGGGUCAAAGGAUAGAGCACCUGGACUAGGAACAGAAGCCAUUGAACCACCUAACUGGCGGCUUCAGUUUUGUGAGGUUUGGGAUACUGGCCUGAAGGACUUCCUUCUAUCUUAUUUUGCUGAUCCUGCAACAGGGUUGAUGCCUUGGGAAAGGUCUUCACUAUAAUGGAGAUACUAAUGAGGGUGCUAACAUAUUGGUAGCUGGUACCCAUGUAAAGCACGAUUAUCACACUUGUUAAGCAUUCAUUCUUUUCAUUGGUUUUUAGGGGAGGGGGAGCUUUCUGUUACAGAAAUUUUGUUUUUCUUAUUUUUUAAAUGAUUUUAUAGACAAGAAACAGACGCAUUACAGAUGUAUAUUUGCAGCAAUGUGAAUGAAUUCUCUAUCAUUUUUUUUAGUUAAGUA